UCUCUGCUACACUAGGUGGCGAUAUGCACUUGCCAGCCAAUUUGUAGCGACAUUAAACGAAGAAGAAGUAGCACUUGGACCUGCCCGCCAAUUUCGGAGGAAGUAAACAGCGUCGUUCUAGUUCUUCUACUUUGUCAUGAAGAAUUUUCCUUUUAACACAUAACGUCGAACAUUUCUUUGUCAACAAUGAAUUCUAUUGGGAAAGGCUCUGUCGAUUCAACCCAACCUGCUGCCAGCAGUGACGGUGAUUCUAUCAAAGUUUUUGUGCGAGUACGACCUCUGACCCAGUGUUCUGGGCUGACCACAGACGGAGAUCAGAAGCUGUGUCUCACAGUCACCUCACCCAACACCAUUCGUCUGCUAUCAAAACCAGAACCACGAACCUUUACUUACGAUCAUGUUGCUGACAUGGGAACAUCUCAGGACUCUGUAUUCUCCAGUGUGGCCAAGAAUAUUGUGGAGUCUUGCAUAAAUGGAUACAAUGGUACUAUAUUUGCCUACGGACAAACAGGCUCAGGGAAAACAUUCACCAUGCUUGGACCAUCUGAGUUGGAUAACUUCACAGAUGAACUAAGGGGGGUUAUUCCUCGAAGUUUUGAGUACCUGUUUUUUCUCAUCAACAGGGAAGUGCAACGGUCUGGCCAGUCCAAGAGUUUCCUAUGUAAAUGUUCAUUUAUAGAGAUUUACAAUGAACAAAUUUAUGACCUCCUGGAUACAGCCUCAGCCAGCCUUUUCCUCAGGGAGAACAUCAAGAAAGGUUUAUUUGUUGAGGGAGCCGUGGAGAAGUUUGUCAACUCGGCCACUGAAGCCUACCAGGUGCUAUCUAUGGGCUGGCGUAAUCGACGAGUGGCCUCCACCUCCAUGAACCGAGAAUCUUCCAGAUCUCACGCAGUGUUCACCAUGACAUUGGAAUCUAAAGAGUUUGUCAAUGAAGUGGUGAACAUCCGAAUGUCUCAGUUGAACCUGGUAGAUCUGGCAGGGUCUGAGAGGCAGAAAGACACACACACAGAAGGUUCCAGGCUUAAGGAGGCGAGCAGUAUCAAUCGCUCCCUCAUGUGUCUUGGUCAGGUGAUCAUGGCACUGGUUGAUGUGUCCAAUGGAAAGAACCGUCACAUCUGUUACAGAGAUUCCAAACUCACCUUCUUGCUCAGGGACUCACUCGGAGGAAAUGCAAAGACUUAUAUAAUAGCUAAUGUACAUCCUGGUUCAAAGUGUUUUGGAGAAACGCUGUCCACCUUGCAGUUUGCUCAGAGAGCGAAGUUGAUCAAGAACAAGGCCAUAAUCAAUGAAGACACACAGGGAAAUGUGAGGCAAUUACAAGCUGAGGUAAAAAAGCUGAAGGAGCAGCUUGCACAGGCUCUAACUUCUCAGGCAGUGGGCUAUGCCAGAGAUGGAGCGCCAGGAGGACCUGAACCUCUCAUAGAAAUUCAACAUGAUGUCUCAUACAAAGCAAAGUUUAUGGCUGCUAUUCGUCUUUGGAGGAAGCGAGAAGAAGAGAAGAGGGUGCUGCUUGAGAAAGUGGCUCAGCUUGAGGAGGCCUGGACCCAGAAAGACAAGUUCAUCCAUUCCAGCCGAAUGAUUGUCCGGUUUCGAGAGGACCACAUCUAUCGCCUUGAGAAAAAAUUUAAGACAGGCCAAGUCUUACUGGCAGACAAGGAGUCUCAGAUGCUGAUUGACCAGCUGAAAGAAGAGAUCAAGAUCUUAAGAGAUCAGGUUGAACAUCACCCAAAAAUGACUCGAUAUGCAGCGGAGAACUUCAGCCUCAGAGAGGAGAUCCGUCAACUUCGUUCACUUGAAUCAGUGGUGAAAACUGAAGAGGCUGCGGCCCAAGUUGCUGCUGAGCUGGAAGAGGCCUUCCAGAGGGCUAUGGAGACAGAAAGACUCACAGAGAUUCCAACCCCUGUGCCUGUAGAUACUGUCUCGGCAUCUACAAUUGAGAAGCUGAAGGCUCAGCUGCUUCAGAAACAGUCCGACCUCACAGGCGCCUUUCAGGCCUUCAAAGAGUACAAAGAAGUCACCAAGAAACAGAUAUCUCAGCUGGAGUCUGAGAAAAGAUACCUUGACAAGUCCAACAGGCAUUUGGAAAACAUUUUGGAAGCUACAAACGCUUACAAAAAAAAGGAGGUCUCUGAGCUGAACAGAAUUCACGUUGAAACUAUAAAGAUUCUCACCACGCCCACCAAAGCAUACAACUUGCGGACCCGUCUUGUGCCACUCUCUAGCCCGGACCACCUGAAUGGGACAGGCAAUAGUCCAGACAACAUUUGGACAGAGUCUCCUCCUUCGGACAUGGCUGAAAUGGCCUUGACGGAGGAACUCCGUCGAGUGCAGGAGCAGGUUAGCCAUGUCCAGACACAAUUUAUUGAUGAGGAGCUAAAGAACAGCAAGCUGUUGCAGCAAAUUGCAAAACUUGAGGAGCAGAUCGCUGUGAUUUUACAAGAGUCUGACCGCAAAGAUGAGCUGUUUUCUUCUGAGCGAGCUAACUGGAACAGAGAUCAGCUCAACCUGCAGGAAACUGUCAGCGAGCUGCAACAAAGCCUUCAGUCUGAAAAGCAGGUCGCAGAGGUGCUAAGGAGUGAGAUCCGUGAUCUGCGCCUUGUGCUCCUGUCAUCCGAUAAGGAGCUGGCCGAUGUGAGGAACGAGCUAAGUAAUGGCCAGAGUCAGCAGCAGAGAGAAAUGAGCCAGCUCUCUAACAGUCUGAUCAGCACACAGCUCCAACUUGACAAAGUCCAGCUGGAGUGGGAGCAGCUUCUGGAGCAGCAUCGGACACUGCAUGAUUCAUUUGACCAGCUCCAAGCUGAGGCAAAGUUUGAGGCUGAUCAGGCAAGACAGCAGCUGCAGGACAGGCAGCAAGAGACAGAUGCACUGAAGACACAGCUCAUGGAAUUAAAUAGUUCUCUGCAGACUGAGCAAGAGCACACGAGCACCCUGAUCUCUCAGAUAAGAGAAAACAAAGACAGUAGAUCAAAAGAACUUAUUGAAACGGCGGAGCAGAAUACAAAGCUUAGAAAACAAGUCUCAGACCUGACAGUACAAAAUCAACGACUGGCAUCCAACAUUGUUGCUCUUGAGCAAAAUGUAAACUCUGCCAACGAAACAAUAAAAGACUUCGAGCAGAAGAUUGACCAGGACAAAGAUGUUGUUUUAGAUCUGAUCAACCAAACCAGAGUCCUCCGCAAUGAGCUGAGCCAGAAGGACCAGACCAUUACCUGCCUGUCUGGAGAAAUCAAAGACCUCACAGUCAAGAACAAUGCUGCCUGUCUUGAAAGGGAGGAAAUCCUGGAGCAAAACUCUAAGAUGCAGGCAGAGAUCUGUGACCUGAAAGAAACUUUAGACAGGCGGCUAGCAUCUGACAGAAUAGAGGUGGAGGUGUUGCAGGACGAGGUUGUUUAUGCCACUGAGGAGGUUGAGAGACUCACUAAGGUCUUGGAUGAGCAGAACAGCCUCCUGCAAGCAUCUCAAGAGCAAACUGCCCAAAAGGACAUCAUAAUACAGAAUCUACAGCAGAAGGUGCAACAACAACAAGAAGCUGUUGAAAGAACUAUUAGAAGUGGAAGUUUCAAACCCCACCUUGAGCUGACAGUCACACCUAAAUCAGUACCUCGGACACCCUGCACUCCAGGUAGUUUCCACAGGGACCUGAACCAGGUGCUACAGAGCCAGGAGAGGGAGCUGGAGAAUCGACGCUCCUCCAUGAUGAGCAUGGAGGUUCUUUUAACGGAGCUGAAUGCUGAGAGGGCUGCCAAGAACCAGGAGAUCCAAAGGCUAAAGAUGCAGCUGACUGAGAAAGAUUUGGUUCAAAUUGAGAUCCAGUCUUUACUUGACCAGUUUUACAACAAGCAGAACCAGCAGAUGCAUAAUGGAAAUAAUAAUGGGGAGGAGUUGAAUGAAGCCAUCAACCAAACCGUACUUAAAGAGCUACAAGAGGAGAGAUCAGAGAAGAGCAAAAUAAUGCAGACGUUGUCUGACACUCAAAAAACACUGCAAGCACAGGAGUCAAUGUUGGCCCAGUCUCAAACCUGCGUUCAGGAGCUGACCAAUGAGCUGAGGAACCGCUGUCUGGAGUUGAGAGAGCUGAGCCAGAGGAUACAGGAUGAGGAGAGACUAAUCCAGGAAAAUGAGGUUCUCCGUAAGCAGAAUGUUCAGCUGUCGGAGGAGAAUGGAAAACUUGUGGGGCAUAAAAACCACAAACAGAGGAUUGAAUAUCUGGUGAAGCUGAAAAAGGACAACACCAAACUUCAAGAGGAAAACGAAAAACUGAGAACGGAGAUGAUAUUAAUACGAGACAGCGGUGGAUGUCCGCCUCUGGAGAUGACAUAAAUCCCUGAUUCUUUGAUUGUUUGAAUUUGAGGUCAAUUUGCAUCUUUCACAGUGAAUUAUUUUUAAUUCGUUUUCAUUAUAUAAGUAUAUUUGAUGGUUUCAAGUAAAAAGACAUUGUGAUUCAUGAUUGUUCUUUUUAUUCAGGGAAUUUGCAGUCAUGAUUUUGUUCAUGAUGUGUUCAUAAUAUGACACCUUUUACAAAGUUUGGCCUGGAGGCAUACUGUAUUAACAUACUUUACCUUUAUAUUGAUUUACUAUUAAAGCAGCAUGGCCAGAACAACUGUGAAAAAACUUCCAUUAGUUCAGCUCCAUCCAUCUUGUUUGGUUUCCUUGGAUGCGCAUUAGUAAGCCUAGGAAGUUGUUCUCAGACUACAUGGAAGUUACAACAAUGCUAAAUUUAAUCUUAAUGUGAAAACCAAACAUUUGUGUUCAUACUUAUUUAGGUACCUAUGUCUCGUGCUGUGAUUGCUGACUGACCAUAUGAGUUGUAUCCACGGUAAAUGGUUUGUUGUAUUUUACCCAUUAUACUGAGGUCUAUAGCCAAUGUCUUUUUUAGGAUAAUGAACUUUUCCUUUUUUUAAAUUAAACUUUUUUUAUAUU